UAUUUGGUAACGCAAGCUCCUUCCAACAUGAUCUUACACCGCAUGAAAAGGCCAUCACUAUACCUGUCGACCUGUAUGAUGGCAUGGGCUGCCAUCACCAUGUGCAUGAGUGCGGUACAAACAUAUCGUGCGGCUGUUAUCUUGCGCUUCUUUAUUGGAUUUGUAGAGGCGACAUUCUUUCCCGGAGCUAUAUUCAUUCUGUCACGAUGGUACAAGCGCGAUGAACUAGGGUUGCGCACAGUAUUUCUUUUUUGCGGCAACUCCAUCAGUAAUGCUUUUAGUGCUCUUAUUGCGUCAGGAAUUUUAGCAAGCCUAGACGGUGUACUAGGUUUUACGGCUUGGAGGUGGCUCUUCUUUGUGGAAGGCGCUUUGACCUUCACCAUCGCAGUGUUUGCAAUCUGGAUUUUGCCCGAUUUUCCUUCAACGCCGAGCGUUUGGCUUUCGCCAGAAGAACAAAUACUGGCCAAGCAACGGAUGGAGGAAGAAGUUGUGACUAGAAUUGAGUACGAAGGCAAGCCCGAAAGGAACUUCUCUGGUCUUGCCGAGGCUCUUAUGGAUUGGAGGGUAUGGUGGCUUGGUGUUACUCUUCAUUUGAUCAUUUCCUCGACGUCAUUCACCAAUUUUUUCCCAACGUUAUCCGCUACAAUGGGUUACAGCGCGACGACUAGCCUCUUUCUCUGUGCACCUCCGUGGAUUUUGGGAACUGCAACCUCAUUUGUUGUGGCCAGGCACUCCGACGUAACUGGUGAUCGCUUCUGGCAUAUUGUCGGUCCUCUACUCGUUGGCAUUGCUGGGUAUAUUAUUGCAAUUUCUACAAUGAACACGGCUGUGCGAUAUCUGUCACUAUUCUUCAUGACUCAGAGUCCAGUGGCCUAUGCUGUCUCUUUGACCUGGGUCAUGAAUACCUUUUCCCAAUCACAGUCUAAACGCGCUGCGGCUGUCGCACUAGUAAGCACCAUGGCAUCAACUGGCUUCGUUACUUCAUCAUACUUUUGGCCGUCCAGUUGGGGACCUUCAUAUGUGAACUCGUAUCUCAUUUGCAUCCUGGCAGGUAUCGUGUCCAUUGCGAUGUGCUGGGUAUUUAAGGAGCACCUUUCCCGGUGUAAUGAAGUUGCAGAAGCCGAAGAGAAAGCUCUAGGGCUACCUGAGGGUUUUAGAUAUCUCCUCUAGUGCGUGGUUGGCAAAAAUAUUUGACAAGUCAUAAAUUGACGAUGGAGAGCUCCAUGAUGAUGGUACUUGUUUUCAUGCCAUCGAAUUCUAUGGUGGGAUUGAUGUGCUAGUAAUUGCGCAGAAUACUUGCUAUCGACCUGCUGAUCUCGAGAUACCAAUCAGCAACUUCAGUAUCCACAAUGCAAUGAAUCACGAAUGACACAGUAGUCCGCUUAAGUACUCAGAGGAAACUUGAAGGUGUGUCCAAUAAACGAGAAAAUAAAGGCGUCGCCGCCUCGGACGCAGCGGCAGAGUGACUGGGACAAUGGAAGCUUUUGUCCCUUGAGGUUGUGAAGCAGAGUCAUGUUAACG